AUGGCCUCCACGGACACCAAGAAACGCAAGCGCAAACCGUACGAAAACAAGGCAUUGAUGAUGGAACACCUGGGUUUUGGGUGCGAGAAAUCGUUCGACGACUGGCGCGCGAGUGAUCUGGUGAAGCCCCACUGGGAAAGAUUCAGUAAACACUUCUUGGACUCGCCUUUCUUCAAAUUCGACAAAAAGGUUGGAGAGUUCAAGCGUGUGUACAUUCAAAUCAUCAAUGGCGAGAAGGGCGGCGCGAUGACAUUCUCCACUCGCACCAACCGUCAAUACUAUACCGACUUGGAUUGGCACGCGUGGCUCUUGUAUUGGCUUGUCAAAGACAACACGUACAGUAGGGAUGGUAUCUUUCAUUACACGGGGCUUGACAGAUUGGAAACAUACCGAUGCAUGUGGGACUUCAUCGCCUUCGAGAAGCGACAGCACGCACAGGGCAAAGUCAAAGGCGCUGCCGAAUCAUCGAAGACCGCAUCAUCCUCGUCCAAAAAGCCAAACCCUAACGAAGCCACCUCCUCUGAGUCUGAGGGUGAGGAACACCAUCGCCUGUAUCCCGACGAGGGUGUUGCCAGCAUCUUCUGGGUCGAAGGCAGGCCGGAAGCUUUGGAAGAAGAUGAAGGAGCAUCCGUCCAAGCAACCAUCCGGGGCUUUUGUGGUUACACUGAAGCUGAAUUCCAAAACCGAGUUAUAGCGGCCUUUGAUCUGCGUAGCCACCGGCAAGUUGUAGUGGAGUUGGAUGCCUGGAGGGGUUUGACGUACAUCGGCGCUCAAUGGGGCGCGCACAAAACUGGGAAAAAGAUCGUUUUCGAGUUGACCACCAUGGAAGCGAUUAACGAACCCUUGCUUCUACAACGGGCGCGAAUAAGUCUGACAUAG